AAUUGGAUUAAAAUCGGUUCAUCUGUUUAUCACACCGUUAUGGGUGACGACUUCAUGGAUGACGACGAGGAUUACGGCUUUGAAUAUGAAGAUGACAGCGGGAGUGAACCCGAUGUUGAUCUUGAAAAUCAAUAUUAUACUGCCAAAGGGUUGAAAAGUGAAGGAAAAAUCCCAGAAGCAAUUGCAAGCUUUGAAAAGGUGCUCAAUCUGGAACAGGAAAUGGGUGAAUGGGGUUUCAAAGCUUUGAAACAAAUGGUCAAAAUCACAUUCAAUUCGGUAUGUGAUAGCUCCUUCAUUAUGUUCCAGUUGUGA